AGCUUCCAAAAAAUUGAAUUUUAAUGUGUAAGCUAGAUUUAAGGAAGUAAUCUUUCAAUCAUGACAUGAUAUGUUACAGCGCAUCUCGACCUAUACUUCUAGUUAAAAGCUGAAACGAUUAUUUCGUUUAUCAGUGUUUCAUACGGCUCAUCAUGUGCAAGAUCAUCCCGCAAUGACAAGGACUGUGUAUUUACAAACACCUACCCACCUGAAAAGUCUUUACAUUUAUCGGAGAAAGUAAACAGACCUUGACACCUAGUUUUAAACAUGGCCCGCCGUAAAGAAGCUGCCCUUCACAAGCCAGAUUCAUUGGAGGAAACUCUGGCCAACUUCAUAAUUCGAUAUCAGCCUCCGUACAUUGCUCAAGUGUUGGAGGGAGUCGAUAAUGGAGUUUUUUCCGUAUCAGUGAACGAAUUGUUGACAGUACACAAAACCGUGCAGCUGAGGCGAAUCCGAAUGAGAGAUUCAAAAGGCAAGCACUAUUUCCUGCCCGUUGACAACUCGGCGCGCGUUGAAAUUGUGCCUAGGACUCGUACACGCCUUGCUAAAGACUUCGAUCCUCAUCUGAUCCGCACAGCUAGGUUUCUUCGCGUCUUGAGAGAUGUUCCUGAGCUGAAACUCGACGAUGGAGAUAUUUUAGAACCCAUUUUUUUCGAAUCUACGAGGAGCACUGAAGCGGAAACUUUAAAAUGCAAAAUACUUCGUGAACCAGGGAAGGAAAUUAGGCUUCCACUUCACUGGGGAGUACCUCUUGAGUUAUUACACGACUUUGACCCAAGAAGCUACACUCUAAGAUAUGUAGCAGAUAAUAUUGCUUUUCCAGUGGCUGUGAGAUUUGUUGAGAACGUGGUAUCCUACUCUGAUGUUGUAGCAACCUUAAGAGGGGAAUUUUAUUUCGAAGAAGUUGUCGAGGAGACCAUUGUUAUCGUAACUACAAAAGUAAACCAGGAUCAGUUAACGAUUCUAAAACUCCCCCUUGAUCUGCCGCUGACCUUACAUCCUAUCAGAAAGCUUAAUUGCGAUUCAAAAUACAUUGUUCGAUAUUGGCAAUAUCUACGGGAAGAGUUGGAUAGGCUUGAAAACCAGAUGACAACUGCUGAUAAUGAUCUUCUUUCCUCGAGUCGUUUUGAAAAUAUGGGGCGAGUUGUACGGCUUUAUAAGGAAAGUGAAGAUUACCUAAAGGGAAUGAAAAAAUUCCAGCCAGUUAAAAAGGCUUCAGACGAAGGCGAGGUCGUUCCAAAGAAUCUUUGUGAAGAUUUCUACGAGCCAAUGAUGCCCUCCCUGGUACGCAAGCAAGAGGAAUGCAGGCUGUUUCAAGAGGAGGUUGAACCGAAUUACGAAGCUAUGGAGCCCUGCAUCUCAGGCAAACACGACGAGUACGCUACGGUUUUCGAGGGGGCCAUCAACAAUUACGAAACAGUAGAGCCCUUAUCUUCCUCCGUUCCGUAUUCGAGUGCAAAGAGUCGACAGAGCUUAAACAGUAAAAGCGCUCAGAGCCUCCGAGAGGAACCUUUCUAUUGCUCGCUGACUUCCAUUUUUCAUGGAACCUCACCCUUAGAAAGACCAUCACAUGUGUAUGUGAAGCUGGAACAAAAAUCGUUCACGAAGUCGCCAAGAAAAACAAAAUCUUAAAAGGUCAAUAAGCGAAAAAAGCUAAGAUAUGUAUUUUCGCUAAUUUCAAAUCAUGGGAAAAAGGUGUGUGUCAGAAAAUUAUAAUUUGUGCAUGAAUAAAACUCACAUCAAACCAGUAGUUUGGGUUUUUUAAAAAGGAAGUGUACAAAUUUCAGAAAUUUUGCUUUUUCAUGUGGUUUCCCAAGCAUUGAAUUUUUAACAUUUCUAUUUUGUUUAUGUAUUUGUAUGGAGAGAUUUCUGGACUAAAAUAAACACACCAAUCCCUCGUAAAUAUAAUCCGGCGCCACCGCAUUUUAUCUCAAAUAUGUAUAACAUUGUAUAAAUAAAGCCCAUAUGGAAUUUCC